CAUGGCAAAAGGCAAGGGUGUGCAGCUAGUCAACACUUGGGAUGCCGUGAACGAAAUUCUGACGGAAAAGCAAGUUCGACAUCAGCAUAUCGUUGUGCAGAAAUAUAUCAUUAUGGUGCUAGAGUUAGAGAAAAUCAAAAUAUCGCUGGGCUUCUAUCUCGACGUACUGAUACUAGGUUGUGUAGUCAUGAUGAAUGCCAAAAUUGCCAGAGCAGCUAAAUCUCGUAACAACUACCUGCACCUCCUUGUAAUUGGAAGUACAACGAUGCUCUCCAUCUCUCUCCUCAGUACAACUAGGCUCUUGAAGAACCUGAUUUUCUAAUUUUCGUCACCCGAUGUUGCUGGAUGGGUUGAAAUUCGACUUGAGGAUGUACCUUUUGGUGACGCAUAUCGACCCACUCGAGUGCUACCUGUUUAAAGAUGGCCUGGUACGUCUGAGCACCCAGGAGUACGAGAAGCCAACCGAGGAGAACGCCAAGAUGAUCACGAUGCACCUGACGAACUACGCUGUCAAUAAGGAUGCUGAAAAUUUCAUUAUGAUUGAGAAGUCACUUUUUGUUCGAGGCGUAUUGCAUUUGCAUUAGAAGUUGGACUUGGAGGAUAUGGGAGCGAUAGGUUGAUAAAUGAGAACUCUCGAACUACUAGAAGGGACAUGAUGAAUUGGAAUUGUUUGCAUGUGCUCGUUCCAUGUAUGUCGUCAGUCUAUCAUAUCUCUCAUGUACUUAGGAGAUGCUGAGCACCCACUUGCAGAGAGUUUCACCCUUUUCUUUCUCCACACACCGGAGCAAUACACCCCCCGCAUGCCUUAAUGUUGUGUAUCGAGAAUGAGGC